AUUAAAAUAUGGGCAAAGUUAUUAAAAAAUAAAAGAUUAUAAGCAUUUAGAGUUUACACUUAUUUAGUAAUAGUUGUGUUGUUAUUAUUGAAUUAUCGAAACGUUAAAAUAUCGUGACAAAGAUAUCGAUAACAUUUUUAAAAUCAACGUUUCGAUAUAUUCGUCACUACACAGUGUGUAAUAGUACAAAAUAGAGAAUUGAAUUGAGAAAAUAGAAAAUUGAAAAAAAAUAAAAAAAAAAAUUUUGAGAAAAUAGAGAAUUGUGGUGAUUGUGACACGUGUGUGUAAGCACAAAGAGAGAGAGAGCGCCAUAUAUAGGUUCACAAAAAUGUUAUUUAGCUGUUUUAAUGCCAAAUAAGUUAUCCAUAUUUGAUAUUAAUUUUAAAGAAGAAUCUUCCAGUUUAGGUGCAAAAUACUGCUUAGAAGUUAAAUACGAACGACAAUUGUCAUCAAACUCUAUGUCUUUGACAACUGGACCAUUUGGAAGGGUUUCAGAUAAAGAUCUUCUGUGCAUUCAAUUUGCGGAUGGCUCUCUUCUUUUUUUGGACCAGGAUCUUAAUUCUUUCACUCAAAUUUUGCAAUGCCGUUUACAACAUGAGCCAUUAUUAUAUUUGGAAGCAAACGACAUAUUUAUUACGCAAAAUUCUGAUUGGGUACUAUCAUUUUACAAAUACCAAAACAUUGUAGAAUUUGGAAAAAAUUUAAAUCAGAAAGCUAAAAGUGCAAAAUUAAUAGAGCCGGACUACAAGUACAAUUUAGGAGAAACAUUAUUAGCUGUAAAUUGUGUUAAGCUUAGUUCAAUUGCUACUGGAAUUGUCAUUGUAAGUGAAAAAGGAUUAUACAUCUUUCACGAUGUAAAUUUAUCUUUAAAGCAGGCAAAGCGAAUAUCAUUUAACGUACUCUGCAUACAUACUUAUAUUGUAGAACCUGAUGGAAAAUUACUUUUAAUGCUAGUAACGGAUACCAAGACAGUAAAAGUUUAUGAAAACUUAUCAUUAAAGUGGUCUGCCGAGGUAGCGUUUACACCUGCAGCUGUGUCAAUCGUUCGGUCACAGGAAAUUAAUGGUCUUAUAGUAAUGUUAUCAGAAGAUGGAAAUUUAGAAAUAGGAUACUUAGGAUCUCAUCCAUCACUUAAUAUUGCUCCAUCUAUUAACCGUAAGCGGUACAAUUAUGUCGAUGCAGAGAAACAACUACUGCAUUUGCGAACAGAAAUUAAAAAUUCUCUUGUUCAUGGCAGUAGUAAAAAUAUUAGUGCAUCUUUUGAUAGUUGUUUACAGCUGAAUCUUGAUAAAAAACAUGAUGCUGCUACCAAGAAAGUUUCAACAGUUACAAUGAGAAAUGAUGACAGUAAUGUGGAAUUCAGCAUUGACAUAAACCUGAAUUCUAAUAUAGUUGUUAACAAUAUUCAGUUAUAUGUUGAUGUCCUUAAGCCAUGGAGAUUAGAACAAGAUAACUUAAUACUAAUUUCGUUAAAUGGACAGUUCUGUUAUAGGAUACCUAUUAAGUUGAAGACAAAUACUCCGAUACUAUCAUCUGAAGUCGACAUUACAGUAACAUAUGAAAUUGAUAAACAUGAUAUACACAUAUUAAAAGCAGUUUAUUUAUUGGACUUAAAGCCACUAUGUAAAAUUUCUUCGCAACCUGGUUUAAGAAAGUUCAGUACAGAUAUUCAAUUAGGUUCAUCUGGUCGGGAACUUUGUGCAAAAUUGAUGAAUGAUUUUGUCUGCGACUAUCCACUUACUGAGUUUACUAGACCUGUGAGCAUUCAGCUUGCACAAGAAGAACAUUCUGUAACAUUAAGUCGCAACUUGUUACUCACUCAAGUUGAGCUCAACUCAGACGAUGAAUUGCUGAUGCUGUUUUUUACGAGCUAUUUAAUCAAUAAAAUAUCAGAAAAAUUUACUAGAAGUUUUCGAACAUCCAUUGAGCCUUCUAAAAUAUAUUUUCUCAUGGAAUAUCUACAAAUUUAUUGGGAAGCACGCCAUAAUGUUAAAAAAAUUAAGAAUGAACUUACAUUAUUAAUGCAACAAUUGCGAAGUAUUAUCAAGAAAAUAAUGCUAUCAAAAGAUCGAAAUCAUCUUUCAUCGACAAAUACUAAAUUGUUAAUUUGUUAUAAAAUGAUUUGUCAAUCCAUAAUUCAACAAAUUGACCUUUUUGCGAAACAUGAAGAGGAAUGCAGUAUUGCAGCUGACAAUUUUUAUUCUGUACUAAGGAUAAUAUUAAACUUGUUAAGAAUAAAUACUCCUAUUGAUUUGUGGUCCAAGUUAGAUUCAGCAGUAUGCUUUCAACUGCAAGCAGAGAAUUGUGCAACAUGGGAAGAAACUACAAAAUAUUCAAUUGGUACCUUUCUUCAGGAAUCUCUUCCAAAAAUCAUCAAAGGAUCACAUUGUGUUUCGGCUGAAAAGUUUUAUUCAUUGCAGGAUGUAAUAAAUAUUGGAGACAAUUUUUUACAUAUUAUUGAUAAGGUUCAUGAAAAUAGAUUAAACAUAAAUUCAAAUUGAAUUCUAUCUUUGUGUAUCUUUAAGCAGCGCAGAGUAAUCUAAUA